UGAUCACACAACAAUUGCAUUCACAAUAGUAGCUGAAUUGAAGUGGAACUUCCAAUAUCUACUUAAUUCAAGAACUUAGGUAGAUCAUUGGCACAAGACCUCAGAUUCUUCCUGUUUCCUAAACAGACUCCAGAGUAUCCAUCGAGGAGCAUUGCAAGCUGGACAAUAUUGCCACAACUUGUAUCACUAGGAAAAAUAUAGACAUAUGUGAAGGUGGUCAAACACUGGAUCAGGCUUCCUGUAGAUGUGGAUGAUGCCCUGUGCUUGUCAGGGUUGACAGACAUUUUGAUAAUGCUUUCAUGAGCAUGCUUUUCCUUGUGGUUAGCAUUAACGACGUCAGAAAGUUGAACCUGAUGAUAUUUGAAGGUGCCUUGCAGUUCCUUUCCUCUCCAUUAGCUCUGUUAGCAGGAAGACACAGAUUAACAGAAUCUUUUGGUAUCCUGAAGUGCCCCUGAUGUGACCAGAACACAUGUUGUUGCAUGGAACACACGUGUCACACAAACAGCUGCUCAUGCACAUACGUGUGGAAUCAUGCAAAACCUCUGUACCCAGGCAACUGAAAAAAUUCAGCACACAGGCCCUGGUUGUCUUUUCACACCAAUGCCUGACUAAUCACGUUGAUAUCGUUUGCCUCUGCUCGAUUCUUCCAACAUGUGAACCGAGUGUUCUGCCCACACUGAUGUGCGCUGCCUGGAAAUGCUUGGGUUUUUCUUCCUGCCACUCAACAGAUGCCUUCCAUGAGCAAUGGGAGUGACAUAAAUCAGGAUGUGACAAGUAGCAGUAGAGGAAAAAUAACACACAGUCCAUAACAUUAGCUGGGAUGUUUUGCAUUCAAGAGUUUCUUGUCAUAAAAUAAUCACUGCUUCAAGGGAUGCCUCUGGAAAUGGGGCAGCUUGGGUCCACUACAAAAGCCAGCCCAGCUCCUUGCAACUCAUCCACUUCUCCUGCCUCCUUCUUUCUGGGAACCAGGUGCACCUCCAUCCCUGAGGCAUGUCCUGCUGUGACCAGUGUGUGCCAUGCCGGCCCUGCGGCCCGACCCCUCUGGCCAGCAGGCAAUGAGCCCUGUGUCAGGCAGUGCCAGAACUCCACCAUCGUCAUUGAGCCCUCUCCCGUGGUGGUGACCCUGCCCGGACCCAUCCUCAGCUCCUUCCCGCAGAACACCGCCGUGGGCUCCUCCACCUCCGCUGCUGUUGGCAGCAUCCUCAGCUCUGAGGGCGUGCCCAUCACCUCGGGGGGCUUUGACCUCUCCUGCAUUUCCAACCGCAGCUGUGGCAGAAGGUGCCCCCCCUGCUAAAGGUGCUGGACGCUGACCCAGACAAGGACCCCCGGAAUGCUGAACAUGGCACUGGACAGAAAAGGAGACGUGUUGCUGUUUUUACUCUGCAAUACAGGCUCA